CAAUUCAAGUCCGCUGCUGCCUCCACCACGAACUUGCCGUUCAAGAAGUCUCAGCUCUCAUGGAGUCGGCUCAAGCACGACUCGCCGGCCCAAUGCGACUUGCCAAAGCUCGGCCGCAGGUGGAUGCAGUACCAAGGGAUCAACAACUGGGACGGCAUGCUCGACCCUCUUGACGAUACCUUACGCCAUGAAAUCCUGAGAUACGGCCAGUUCGUCGACGCGGCGUAUCGCUCUUUCGACUUCGACAUGUCGUCCCCGACGUACGCCAUGAGCCGGUACCCGAAACGGAAGCUUUUGAGCCGAUCGGGGGUUCAGAAGUCAGGGUAUAAGAUAACGAAAAACCUUCGAGCAACGUGUGGGAUUCGCUUGCCGAAGUGGAUUGAUAAAGUGCCUUGGAAGCUUAGUUUGUGCAGUUGGAUAGGUUACGUGGCAGUUUGUCAGGACAAGGAGGAGAUAGCGAGGCUUGGGCGGCGCGAUGUCGUGAUCUCUUUGAGAGGGACGAGCACUUGUUUGGAGUGGUUGGAGAAUGCACGCGCCGCCUUGACCAGUUUGCCGGCGGAUAUGGGAGGUAAAGGUGGGGAAGCGAUGGUAGAGAAAGGGUUUUUGAGUCUUUAUCUAUCGAAGACGCCGAAGACUCCAAGUUUACGGGAAAUGGUGAGGGAAGAAGUAAAGAGGAUUAUCCAAUCUUACGGCGAUGAGCCCCUAAGCGUGACGAUAACUGGUCACAGUUUGGGAGCAGCACUCGCGAUUCUUAGCGCGUACGAUAUAGCCAACACAGUCAAGAAUGCGCCAAUGGUGACGGUGGUUUCAUUUGGCGGCCCGCGCGUGGGGAACGAAAGCUUCCGGCGGCGGUUGGAGCAAAGUGGGACCAAGAUUCUGAGAAUAGUUAACUCCGAUGAUGUUAUUACGAAAGUGCCGGGGUUCGUGGCCAGAAAUGGUGACGUGGCAGGCGAUGGGGUGGCCCACCUCGGAAGGCUGCCCGGGUGGCUGCAUAGGCGCAUGGAGGACCUGCAGUGGGUGUAUGCGGACGUAGGGCAGGAGCUGAGACUCAGUAGCAGAGAAUCUCCACACCUUAAGAACUUCGAUCUUGCCACGUGUCAUGAUCUUAAGACAUAUCUUCUUCUGGUAAAUGAUUUUGUGAGCUCGACGUGCCCUUACGGUUCAAAAUCCAAGCACUAUCCCGCCCAAGCGUGGCUGUGA